ACAAAUCCCACACUUCCUCCAUUGCUUUUUUGACUUCAAACUUUGUGUGCUGCGUCAAAUUACUGCUCAGAAACCAAAUGCUACCUACUUAAUUCCAUUUUCAUGGUUUCCACCAUUUAUAAUCUCAAUCAUUUUUUCUCUAUACUACCUUCUUCUUCUUUUUCGAAAAAAAAAAUAAAAAAUCUUCAAACUAUGAUUAAAUUUCUCAAACUUUUGUGUGCUUUCUCUCUACUCUUGCUCACGUUCACAUUUGCACAGCAAACAGAAUUCUUCUUUAAUGAUUUCAGUAAAGCAGGCAGCAAUAUAAUCUUAGAUGAUUCUGCUAAGUUAAUCAAACAUGGACAUGAUAGUAUCAUACAGCUAACCAACACUAGCCAACGUGUGAUCGGGCACGCCUUCUAUGCCUCACAAAUCAAGUUGAAGGAAACCCGAAAUGGCUCCGUAUUGGCCUUCUCUACAGCCUUCACCCUUGGAACUGUACCAGAGUUUAAGCAACUUGGAGGGCACGGCAUGGCAUUCGUCAUCUCUCCGUCGAAGAAGAUUCUCGACAACGCCCUCCCUAGCCAAUACCUCGGCCUCUUCAAUGCGGCCAACCUUGGAAACAUCAGUGAUCACAUCUUUGCUGUUGAAUUUGACACGGUAAAAGAUUUUGAGUACGGUGAUAUUGAUGAUAAUCAUAUUGGAAUUGAUCUUAACAGCUUGGUAUCCAACUUCUCUGUUCCAGCUACUUAUAUUCUUGAGAAUUCAACCAAAGUAAAUGUGACAAUGAAAGCUGGAUAUACCAUUCAGGCUUGGGUUGAUUAUGAUGCUGAAAACCAUCUUAUAAAUGUCACCAUUUCCCCUUUUGGUACAAAACCAAGAAUUCCUUUAAUCUCGUACAAAUAUGACCUUUCCCAACUAUUUGAAGAAAACAUGUAUGUAGGAUUUGCUGCUUCCACGGGUUUGCUCGCGAGCUCACAUUAUGUUCUUGGUUGGAGCUUUAAUAUGAGUGGACCAGCAGAAUCUCUUCCUAUGCUUUCACUCCCACCCCGUCCAAAUUCCAAUAGCAGUAAACAUAAGGCAACUUUGGCAAUAGCUGUAUCAAUUUCGGUAUCCAUUUUUCUCAUCACAGUUGUUUUUGGUGUUAUUUAUUUGAUAAUAAGGAUAAGAGAUCGUGAUAUAAUUGAAGAUUGGGAGCUAAAGAUUGGGCCUCAUCGGUAUCCUUACCACGAGCUAAGGGAUGCGACAAGAGGAUUUCGGGAGAAAGAGCUACUUGGAAGAGGUGGAUUUGGAAGGGUAUAUAAAGGUACUAUACCUAAAUGUAACACCCAAAUUGCAGUAAAGCGAAUUAACCAUGAAUCAAAACAGGGGCUGCAAGAAUUUGUUGCAGAAAUCGCUAGCAUUGGUCGCCUUCGUCACAGGAAUUUGGUUCAACUACUGGGAUGGUGUCGUCGUAGGGGGGACUUAAUGCUUGUGUAUGAUUAUAUGCCUUAUGGUAGCUUGGACAGGUAUUUGUUUCAUUCGGAUCACCCAGAUUCAAUACUUAACUGGCAGCAGAGAUUUCGAAUCGUAAAGGGUGUGGCCUCUGGGCUACUUUACUUACAUGAAGGAUGGGAAAAGGUUGUGAUUCAUAGGGAUAUUAAGGCAAGUAACGUCUUACUAGAUUGUGAUUUCAAUGGGAGGCUAGGUGAUUUCGGUCUAGCACGGCUGCACGACCAUGGGACGGACCUAGGCACGACAAGGGUCAUGGGGACAUUGGGCUAUAUAGCACCGGAGUUGUCGCGAUCAGGAUAUGUGACAACAAGCUCUGAUGUGUUUGCUUUCGGAGCACUUCUACUUGAAGUAGUGUGUGGGAGGAGGCCUAUAGAACCCAGGUUUACUAGUGAGGAGCUGGUAUUAGUGGACUGGGUUUGGCUAAAAUGGAAUGAUGGAAAAGUUAUGGAAGUUGUGGAUCAAAAAUUAAGGGGAAGAUUUGAUGAGAAAGAAAUGUUAAUGGUUGUCAAAUUGGGAUUGAUGUGCUCAAGUGAUGAUCCUAGGUUGAGGCCUAGUAUGAGGUUAGUAGUGAGGUACUUAGAUGGAGAGGUGGCAUUGCCAGAGGUGCUAAGAGAACCUAAUCCGGAGGAUGAGUUGAGGGUAUUAAGUGCAGAACCUCGGCAUGAAGAUUAUGUUCACUCAUUUGCAACGUCGUCUUCUGGGGUCAGCUUGCAGUCAUACAGUACCGGAGAUGGAACUAGGGGUGCUAGUGGUUAUGCUAGUCUUAGUCCCAACACUAGGUAAGUAGUGUUUUUCCUUUUUAGGGGUAAGAAUGUAAUUCACAUUUAGGAAGUGUUUGAUAUCAAUUUUUUUCGCAAAAGAAAUAGAUUCAAGUAACAAA